AUGUUCAACCUUCUCCUUCUCAUAUUGAUUACCCUUGCCUAUUUAUCUCCCGCCACGGCGCUCACCAUGACCAUCGAAGACACUUCACCGAUCAUUGCCUAUUCGCCCGACUGGGCUCCUGGUGAUUCCAGUCAGGAUGGGUCUGCUAGCAAGUACUCCUCUGGCAACUUCAUGGCCACGAACUCGAUGGGCGCGACGAUGACCUUCACCUUCAACGGCAGCGCGAUCUCCAUUUUUGGGUGCGGUGAUCUUCAUGAUUCGUGGGUGCUGGAGCAGCUGGUGAACACACGUCGUGGAUGCCCGUACACGUCGCGCGUAUGGCGAUCGCCCGACACAGCUGGUGUCGCUAUCAUAUGCCACUGGUGCCUGCGAGUCUGCGUCAACGCGUGCGGCCUUGCGAGCUGCAGAUCGCGGCGCGGCCCCGAGUUAUCAUCCAGUAUCGACGACCGAGUUGACCGUAAUCCUCUCCAGGUCAAGAUCGACGGUGACUUCGUCACAGAGCAAGACGGCCACGCCGAUCCCGACCAGUUUCAACAAGAGCUUUUCUCCUCUGACGAUCUAGACGUUGGUCUUCACACCGUCGAGUUGACGAACUUAGAGCAGAAGUUUGUCGACGUGGACUAUAUCACUUGGACCAGCAGCAUCGGAAACGACCCGAAGUCGGAGGACAUUGUCGUUCAGACUCAUCAAGACACGGACGACACAUUCGCCUACGACGCAGGCUGGUCUACCUCAGUACGCGACCCGGGUACCUUCCUGGGUGGAACCGGACACACUACUUCUACCACCGGCUCCAUCGCGCACUUCACCUUCACUGGGGCCGGUGUCACGCUCUACGGCCCCGUUGGACCAUCCUACGGGUCGUACUCCAUCCUCCUUGACGGAAUCCCCAUAUCCAGCGAGAACGGCACUCAGCUCGCCCAUGCGUCCAACGCCAACGAAAUCGGAGCAUUCAGCGCGAACAAGACACGUGCGAGCGCGACGCAAGUGCUCUUCCACGCUUCCGGGCUGGCGAAUGGAGAACAUGUCCUCGAUAUCGUCGCGGAGUCGGACGAGGGUGUGGCGAUCGACUUUGCGCUAACCUACACGCCGAGAGGGGGUGACGGUUGGCUUAUGGGGUUCGGUCGCAUCAGACUAUCCAAAGGCGCCAUUGCAGGGGUCGUCAUCGGGUCUGUGGGUACACUGCUGCUCGUCCUCGUCGCGCUGUACUGGAUGUUUAUCCGCACUCGCGGAGGGAAGCUAGGCCGGCGGCCCACCUUUGGGAGGGACAUUACGAGCAGUAACGAGAAAGACGGUCAUAUCCUGCCUGUCUUCGAUUGGUCGCGGUCGACAAAGCGGACGAGCGUGGAUUCAUGGAUGUCUGGCGCAGCGCCACCAGCGGUCAUCACCGUCACUGCGGCCACUCCCUUCCCGGGCAAUGCUGUCCCAACGCCCUACCCGUACACAACAACGACGCUGAACUACAACCAACCCGCCAACCACGCUGGUGCGCCGAACAACUUCAGGGGCCCUCAAGGCUACGUCGGCCCCUCGGCUAGCACUGUGCACCGCUCACUGUCCAGCCGCUCCAUUCCGGAGGGCGAUAUGCAGAACCCAGGCUCGACGGGAACUCUGAACCAAGGUUCCAUGGGCAGUUCGAAGGAGCUCGAGGCCGCGGGGGUCCUAAACGGAUUCGGAUCGGCGGGCAACGCGAAGGAGCUUGAGGCGGCUGUGGGCUCGUACCAAAGCGCUGGAAUUGGCGCCAGGGGAAGCACGUUGCCGCCGGACUAUCGGCAAGCGACGCAGGUAUAUCGAGGUUGAGGCGUCAAGAAGUCAGACAAACAUAAAGCCUCGACGAACUAGCACGGGAGCCGGCGUGGAAGGCGUGUAAAUUAUGACGACGGAUCGGAUUGGACGACGAGAAAUGGUGCAGGACUUCG